UUUUAUGUUGAAAUUAUUGUGUGACGUCAUUUAAAAUGGCUGAACUAGACAUUGGAAAACAUUGUGAAAUUGAGUCUUGCAAACAAAAAGAUUUUCUACCAUUCGUAUGCAGCGGCUGUUCUGGAGUGUUUUGUUUGGAACACAGAAGCCGGGACUCCCACUCUUGUCCAGAGGUGCUGGAGAAGAAAGAGAUCUCUGGGUCUGGGGGAAGCACAUCAUAUCCAUGUAGCUUUGAGGAUUGCAGAGGGAAAGAGCUGCUGCCUGUCAUCUGCCCACACUGUGAAAAGCACUUCUGCCUCACACAUCGGCAUCAAGAUGACCAUAAGUGUGAGAAACUGGAGACUCCAAAGCCUCGCAUGGCUGCAACAAAGGAGCUGGUGCAGAAGAUAGUGGAGUCAAAGAAAAAUGCACCACCAAAUAAAGGUAGAAAAGGAGCAAAAAAUGCUGCAACUGCUGCAAAAGUUGCUCUGAUGAAGCUUAAAAUGCAUGCGGCAGGAGAUAAAGGACUGCCACAGACUGAACGAACGUAUUUCCAGGUGUUUCUGCCCAAAGAGGCUAAAGACCCUAGUUCGCCCAUGUUCUUCUGCAGUAAGUGGAGUGUUGGCAAAGUAGUGGACUUUGCUGCAUCUCAGGCCAGUCUGAAGAACAACAACAACGUGCUCACAGCUAAGAAACUGCGUUUGUGUCACCCUGAGACGGGUGAAGCCUUUAAGAUGGACGCUAGCCUCCAGUCACUGCUCUCUCAUACAGACUGUCCCCUGCACAACGGAGGCAACGUCAUUCUGGAGUACCUGGAUAACGAGAGCUCUGGACUGGAUGAUGUCACAGCCUAUAUAUCUUCCUCCUGAGAGAAAAUCCCACAACCAUUCAGGAGAGUUUUAAAGUAAAAUAGUUUAAGUAGGAAACAAAGGGUGUCAGAUUGGACUAUGGCUAUUGUAAAUAUAUUUCACACAUGAUUUGCUUAUUUUUAAUAAAUGGGUCAAUGGCA